AUGGCCUUUGCAGCCGAAACAAGCGACUCGCCUUCGCAAUCCGCCACUGAAUCCAAGUCUGCUGCCCCCAGCAGCAUAAUGCAAACAACCGUUAGCCCAGUCGUCAGUGCUACAUCCCUCUCUGGCUCGUCCUCGGGGUCGCCUAGCGUACCUAUGACUACCUCUGCCAAGGCGAGCGGGAGUGGAUCUUCGUCUAGCGCUAGCACCUCCGCUUCGACAUCGAUUAGUUCUGGUGCUGCUGCGGCUCCUACUGGGGCUGGGAUGAGGAUUGCUGGCGCUGCUGGGAUUCUUGGGCUUGUUGUUGUCUUGUAA